UAACCAGAGAAUCAGAGAAACAAGAUGAGAGGGGGAAAGAGAGGACGACACUGUAGAUGGAUUGAGGAUGGACUUCUCCUAAACCCUAGCUGCCUUUGGGGAGGUACAACACGAUAGAGUCAGGACGGCUAGAUGGGACUACAUCAUGGGGGCCGUAUGGUGUAGUUUGACUGAGUCAAUGGCUUCCCACCAAAAUGGCCCGAGCUGUUCAGUUAGCGAAAAAACAGAGCAAGCAGUUACAUCUCCUCUUACCCCUUCAUUCGACUCCCAUCUUGCCUCCAUCCCCGAGCUCCCUCCAAGGUCAUCCUCACCUUCGUCCCCAAGUGUUCAAAGUGGCCACUGGACUUCGCUACCAUAGGAUUCAAGGCCUUGUUCCCGAACAGCACCAUCUACAAGGGCCUGUGCCGGCCAUCGGUAUAAUUUGUUUGUGCUACCAUGGCUGAGGAUAUUUGGACCCUAAAACUUCAAUUUGAGGGGGACCCUCCAGGACAGAAAAUGGUGCAAAGGGAAAUGGACAAAGAUGAGAUAUGUUUCUUCAACUUGAUUGAACUGAUUGAGGAAUAUGGAUACACAUCAGUUGACUAUGUAUACUACAAGAGAAGAGAUGGUUUGGUUGCAAUACAAUGGGAUUCAGAUGUGAUGCAAAUGCUUGAAGAGAAUGAGAGCAAAAGGAAGGUUAGCUUGUUUGUGACGAAGCAGAGAAUGGCCACCAUAGCACCUACCAAAUUCAAUGAAGAACCUACCAAUUCUGCAGAAAAUAAAAAUAAAGGGAAAAGGGGCACAAAGGAAAAGCAGCGCCUAAAUGUAAUCCAAAUCAAAGAACAAUAUUAUAAUGAGGUUGAUCAGCACCAUGACAAUACCAUCCAGCAAACACAAGGUGAUGGCAAUAAUGUAAUCAAGCGAAAGGGAACGGUUUUGACACAUGUUUGGGAUUUACCUAAGGAUAAACGUAUAUUAGUGAAAUGCAACCAACUUGGGCAACCUAUUGGAAAAGAAGGUGGUCUGUUAGGCCAAUUUUUAGGAACUAUAGCACGGAACGGUGGUUAUUGCCCAAUAGAUGUCAAUGAUUGGAGAAAGAUAAAGAAGGAUAGUGCUGAAACCAUACUUCAAUGUAUUCAGACAAAGUUCUUGUAUCCUCGAUCAUGUGAGAAAUGGAUACUGAAAUCGAUAGGGAGAGAUUGGAGAAAAUACAAGUCAAUAUUGAAAAAGAAGUUAUUUAGUCCAAAGAAGAAAAGGUCAUACUUAUACAAGCUUUGUCCAGAUGAUAUUGAUGAAGACCAGUGGAAAUCCUUAGUAAAAUAUUGGAAGUCAUCUGAAGGAAAGGCUCUUAGUGAGAAGAACAAACUAAGUUGUCAAAUGAAGAAGACAACACAUUCAGGGGGUACAAAGAGUUUUGCACGUUGGUCCGAGGACAUGGUGAGUAUUUUUUAUUACUAAAUAAAAUCUUCUAUUAAUUUCUUAUCAUUUUAGUAUUG